CACCCAUCCGUCGCAAUCUGCUUCUGCCGGCACCUAGUGCUGAUGGACAGCCGGGGGCAAACAGUUGGCUCUAAGCGACCAGCUUCUGAAGAGUUGAAGAAUGCGCCCGACACAAAACGGGUCGAAGGGUUGGAUAAUAGCACAGCAGACGCAGAUGAAAAACUGCCAUCUGUACCUCGGAGAGUCCCAUUUCCCGAAAAGCCUGCAGUCAUCGAAGAACGAAAUGGCGAGAUCGAAUUCAGAGUAGUGAACAAUGAUGGCGAAAGAGAGAGCACCAUCAUCUUAACAGGACUCAAGAAUCUAUUCCAGAAGCAACUACCCAAAAUGCCAAAAGACUAUAUAGCACGCCUUGUGUACGAUCGAACGCAUUUAUCUCUCGCUAUUGUCAAAAAACCUCUAGAGGUCAUUGGUGGCAUCACAUUCCGCGAAUUUCAAAAUCGAGAUUUCGCCGAGAUAGUUUUUUGCGCAGUCUCGUCUGAUCAACAAGUCAAAGGGUACGGUGCACACCUCAUGGCUCACCUUAAGGACUAUGUGAAGGCCACUUCUGGCAUCAUGCACUUCCUAACGUACGCUGAUAAUUUUGCCACCGGAUAUUUUCAAAAACAAGGGUUCACCAAGGAGAUCACUUUGUCCAAAGCCGCGUGGAUGGGGUACAUCAAGGACUACGAGGGAGGAACAUUGAUGUUAUGCACCCUUCUCCCCAAAAUCCGUUACCUUGAGGCCGGCCGAAUGAUCCGCAAGCAGAAAGAAACCGUGCAAGCCAAGAUCCGCAUCCUUAGUAAAAGUCAUAUCAUUCACCAACCACCGCAGCAAUGGAUCAAUGGCAGCGGUGGCACCUUCACGCCUAUCGAUCCACUCGCCAUUCCCGCUAUUCAAGAGACAGGCUGGUCGCCCGAGAUGGAUGCCCUGGCGCGUGAACCGCGCCGUGGGCCCCACUUCAACGAGUUCCGCCGCUUCCUCUAUCAGAUACAGAACCAUCAAUCGGCAUGGCCUUUCCUCAAACCUGUCGACAAAGAUGAAGUCCCAGACUAUUACAAUGUUAUCACGUCGCCCAUGGACCUUACCACCAUGGAAGAGCGGCUCGAGAACGGCGCUUACAUGGAACCGAAAGACCUUGUUGAUGAUCUCAAGCUGAUCUAUACAAACUGCAAAAAGUAUAAUGAGCCAACAACCGUGUAUGCAAAGUGUGCCGUCAAGCUCGAGAAGUACAUGUGGCGUCUGGUGUCGGAUAUUCCCGAAUGGUAUGAAUUAGUCGAGAAGUAA